AUGGAAACUAUUCGACCUGCUUUUGCUGACCGGUCCACCCCUAUCCUCGUCUACGGGAAUCCUUUCCCCGAAUCUGCGGCCCGUCAUAUUCGCAACACCUUUCAGGCUCGUCGCGUAUAUGUUAUUUGCUCGAGAUCACUGGCACAGGAAACCGAUGUCCUAGGGGAGCUGAAUCAGGCUUUCAGAACGCUUUCAGUCUCCAUUGUGGGUCAGCGUACUGGGUUGAAGCCGCAUACGCUCUGGUCCGAAGUGUUAUAG